AUGAAGUUUUGUGUUCUCUUUCAGAAAGCGGAAGCUGCUCUUUCAGAUUUGAGUCCAAGUUUAUCUCUACAGGAAGUAUUGACAUCCCUAAGCUGUUCUUUGGUUCAAAGUAACCUGCGUAAGCAUAAAGAUGAUGAUGUUAGGCUAUUGGUUGCCGUUUGUUUCACUGAAGUCAUCCGCCUUCUAGCACCUAAUCCUCCUUGCAGUUAUGAAGUAUAUAAGGAAAUUUUCAGGCUCAUUAUUAAUGUGUUCAAACGCCUAACUGAUUCCAACAGUCCGUUUUCCACAAGGAGGUUGAAGAUAUUGGAGACUGUUGCUUAUUGUAAAUCUUUUUUGAUUAUGCUUGGGGGCUGUGAGGAUUUAUCAGCUGAAAUGUUUGACGUGUUAUUCAAAGCUGUAAGAUUUAAAAUUCAGGAUAGUUUGAUGCAAGCUAUCAUGUCAAUUAUGACAAGUAUUCUAGAACAACAGGUUUCUCCACGUAUACUGUAUGUGAUAUUACAUAAUCUUCUAAGGCAGGAAAAGGCUGCAUCAUUCAGGCUUGCUGUUUCUGUCAUCCAAGAUUGUGCGCCAAAGUUGGAGACCCAUGUCUGUAGCUUUUUGACUUCCUGUAUGCUGGACAAGUAUAAUGUUGAUAAGCGUCACGAGACUGAUAGUUGUAAUUUUGAUGGUGAUAAUGAGCAUGACGAUGCGUUGGAGAAUGAUGCUCCCGUAGCUGAACUUAGAAGCUCUUAUCAUGAAGUUUUUCUCAAAAUUUAUCAGUAUGCUCCUCAAAUUCUUACUUCUAUAUUGCCAUUGUUGACUCAGGAAUUGCUGAUUGAUCAAGUGGAUGCACGCAUGAAGGCAGUUCAGUUAGUUGGGAAGCUUAUGGUUCUAUCUAAACUCAAUUUUGGUCGGGAGCACCGACCAGUUUAUUCAGAGUUCUUGAGAAGGUUCUCUGACAAGUCUGCUGAUGUAAGACUCGCUUCACUAGAAUGGGCAAAGGCGGUUUAUCAGGCCAAUGCCUCUGCAGAUGAAGCACGCUGUACUCUUGUUGCUGUGGAGGGAAGGCUUUUAGACUUUGAUGAUAAAGUGAGAACUCAAGCUAUUUCGGUAAUUUGUAAUCUAGCCAGCUCCAAUCUGUCAUGUUUUUCAUCAGAGUUUGUGCUAAAAGCCAUAAAACGUUUACGUGAUAAGAAGAUCUCCGUGAGGAAAAGUGCAAUGCAAAGUCUUCUGGAGCUGUACAGGGUUUAUUGUAUUAAGUGCUCCAAUGGGCUUUUCAGUCUGAAUUUUACUUAUGAAAAUAUUCCUGGUGCGGUGCUUAUGCUCUGCUUUGAUAAAGACUGUAAGGAGUUCAGGGCCCAAAACAUGGAGCUUGUUAUUACAAGGGAUUUGUUCCCAUCCUCCCUAUCCGUAACUGAUAGGAAAAAUCAUUGGAUCGCUUUAUUCUCACUCUUAACUCAGCCCCAUCUUAAGGCCCUAAAGUUCAUUCUAUUUCAGAAGCGUAGGUUGCAGCUUGAAAUGCAAGCUUACUUAGCUCUUCGUGUUUUUGAGAAGGAAACUGAGUCUGAGGAAGUUCAAAUCAAACUUUUGGAAUCCUUUUCAAAGGUGGCGACAUGUUUUUUUGAUUCUUCAAAAGCUAAAGAAUGUUUACAAAAGCUACAUAACAUGAAAGAUGGUUUCAUUUUCAAGUUGCUUCAACAAUUGGUUGAUGAACAUACAACCCUUGCAGCUGCCAAUUCUAUCCGAGAUUCUUUUCUUGAGAGGAUUGGGAAAAAGCAUCCGGAUAAUGAGUUUUUCAGGAUCUUUUCUUUGAGAUGCUCAUAUACAAUAUUUAAUGCAGAGCUUGUUCAAAGUAUUUUGGAGGAUAUUUUUUCCAGGCAAGGUAGCGGAGAUAAAAGUGUGGAGUAUUCCAUUGAACUUUUACUAUUUAUCGUUAAGCUGUUUCCAUCACUGCUGAAGGGAUCUGAGGAUUUGUUACUGAAGUUAUUUUUUGAUACUUCUGUCUUUUUAGCGAAAGAAAAACUUCUUCACAUCUUAGCUAUAGCCGGCCAUCAUGUUCCUAUUAAACUCAGUGAUGUUUAUCCAUUCCUGGAGAAAAUAUGCUUGUUAGGCACGCGUGUUGAAUCCAAGUUUGCUGUUCAGGCAAUUUCAUCAUUAAUUGAUUCUUCGGAUGAUCAUAUAUUCUCAAGUUUAUGCCAGAAACUUGUACGAUCUCUGCAAUGUGGUCAGAAUAUUCCAACAAUCCUGCAGUCUUUGAGUUUUGUUGCAUGCCAUUCCUUCAGAAUAUACAAGCUUCAUGAAAAAGAAGUUACCGACUUCAUUUUUAAGAAUAUUUUUGUCCCUUCAGAGCUGUAUUGUGCAGUUGAGGAAUCUUUCCUGAAAUUGGAUUGCAGCUGCAGCAGUUAUUGCAAGCUGAAGAUUUAUGGCUUGAAGACGCUGUUCAAAAGUUUCUUAUCAAACGAAGGUUCUGAAUUAAGCCAGCAUAUUAAAGAAACUUUGACCAUCUUGGAAAACACAGUUCAAGGGGAAGGCAUUAUUUAUUAUAACAUCUCAGGUGAAAUUGACAAGGACUGCCUUAGAUUAACUGCAGCAAAAUUGCUUCUUCGGUUUGCUACACGAUUUGAUUCCUUCAUUCCAUCUAAGAUCUUUCAUUUAAUCAUUGCAAGGGCAAGGGAUCCUUCACAUACAGUACGGAAGACAUUUUUACACAAAGUAUAUCAACUUUUGAAAGAAAAUAAGAUCCCAUUAAGAUAUGCUUGUACUUUUACAUUGGCUUCUACUGAUUUCGUUGGUGAUGUUCGGGUGAAUUCGAUAAAAUAUCUUGCAGAGGUUAUUGACAGGUGUCGUAGAGAUUCCUUUAAUCAGAACUCUUCUUCUCAAGAUGAUAGGAGACAAAUUGUAAACACUCCUGAAUAUGUUGUCGUCUUCUUAAUCCAUAUUCUUGCUCAUGAUCAAGGCUUUCCUUCAGAAAGAUUGGAAGACAAAGACUUUUAUCCCGAGUUUUGCAAUCCACUUGUCAUUCUUUUGCGGGCAUUAGUUGAUUUAGAAGAUUUCAAUGGAAAUAGAAGUGAUAUGCUAUUAAAUUUGUUAGCAAUUCUGCGUGCUAUUAAGAAAGCUGAUGAUGCCAAUGAUGCUCACAUUACUCCGAAAUUACAUGUUCUUUCUGAUAUUGCUAUGCUUAUUCUGAAAUUACUGGGUAAAGGUUUAAAGCCUACUUCCAAGUUACAACGUAUGAUUUUGCUUCCAUCAUCAUUCUACAAAGUUCGUCAAGAUUCUAGUAAGGUCUAUGAUCUUAAUCAAAGCUUCUUCGAUGAAAAUUUUGCUAAGAGAAUUCUUGAUGUUGUUGAUUCUUCAAUCAUGAAGCCUUAUAAAUCCAGUUCUAAACAAUGUGCUAAACCACCUCAAGUAGGUGCUAACUAUAUCAGUUUCAUGAAAGAUAAUUCUGAGGACUUAUUCGAGGCUGAAGAAAUCAAGCCACUUGUCCCCAAAUCAAAGUUGACGAAGGAUAUUGAGCACAAUCAUGGAAAUGCACUUGAUAAAGACUUUUCCAGUGCUCAACCUUCCCAGUCUUGUUCUGUAUUCACUUACUGGCAUAAUGAGAAUUCUGAUGUUCAAGGUCGGCCAAAUUUUUUCUGUCAAAACUAUGAUGCCAAUCUUGGCGAUGAGCUGCUAUCAUCCUGUAAUUCUGCUAGCACAGAAUGCUAUUUUUCCGGGUUGCAACCUAUAACUGCAGAAGGUGAAGUUGAAGUCUUGAACCCCUUGCUUACAAAAAGGAUAGCUAAAUGUGAUUCUAUUUCUUUCCUUUGUGAUCAAGAUCCUGUUCCUGAUAAUUGUUUGACGUCAAAGGAAUCUGCCCAUAAAGGCAAUGGGCUUCUUCGUCGCAGGAUCUGUAAUUGUCCUGCAGUUGGUAUAUGUUCUUAUUCUGGAUCUAUUGACUCAUGUGACUCCCAACAAAACAGUUACAAGGCUUCUGAUGAUAAUGGAAGCGUAGAGCUCUUACACUUGGACGAUGCAAGAUGGGAGUCUGUUGUUCAAAAACCUUCUAUGGAUAAGCAUACAUGCGGCUUUCAACCGAGAGAUUGCAAAAUUGUUGAAAAUGCUUCUAAUAUGCAAAGAACUGUAUUGGGCGAAAGUGCUAGAAACUAUGAGCACGUUAGGAGUCCUGCAAUAUUUGUGAGGAAGAAGGCUAAGAGACAAAGGCAAAAAACAUCUUCAGCUAUGGCAAAGGACAGUUACAAUUUGGAAAUGGUCGACAAAAACGUAUGCAAGGCCGCACGAAGGACUCAACCACGAAGAAUAUAGCAUUUUUUAUUUAUCAGAUUAUUGUAGUUUUUCUCGUCCAAUUUCUGUAGGCAAAUAUUUACAGUUAAAAGAACUCUUUGUAGAAGUCUUGCCCGCAGUUGCUAUCCUUUUUUUGUUGGGUUAUCCUGGUUUGUUUAUGGUAAAUUCCAGUUGCUAUUCUAAGCAUUUUAGUUUGUGCGUUAAUUAUUAAUCAGAUUUAUUUUUCUGAU